AUGCUAAACAAGCAACUAUUUCCUUUGCUUCUCAUCUGCAUCGCGGUGGCCGUGUCCACGACCACCGGAGCAUCUAAUACAGCUGCUGAGGAUGCAAUUCUUACGUGCAACAUGGUGUAUAGUAGCCUCGAACCAUGUCUUGGCUACGUGUUAGGUGGUGAGUUAACUGUAUCACCAGAGUGUUGUAGUGGAAUUAAAUCUAUCCUCAACGCUGAACGUACAAGAGCUGACCGCGAGAGAACUUGUACUUGCAUAAAGAGUGUUGGUUCAACCUCUACCGCAAUUCCAAUUAGCCGUGCUGCUCAACUCCCUGGAUUAUGUAAGGCUAAUAUUUCUUUCAAGAUUAGUCCAGAUGUUGACUGCUCUAAGACCAUAUAA